AGCUCUUAUGUUCCUGAAAGAGCAUCUUAGACACUCCGUGACUGUUUGAAGGAGUCGUCCAAAUGAAGUCGAAUAUUUUUAUUCCUGUUUUAUUUUCUUAGCAGCAUGAAUUAAUUCAUAACAUGUUAUUCUUAAAUAAGUGUAUAUUUUUAAUAUUAUCGAUUUGUCUUUGUUAGGAACAGGACUAUCAUUCGGUGUACAAUAUUAGGAGUGUGAUGCUUUCCAUGACAUGAAGAUCAUACGCUGAAAGCAUGGCUUAUAGAAAAAAAUAAAUUACUAUUGUUUGAAGGCAUUUAAACUGUCUCGAUCAUGCGAAGCCUUUGGUUUCACUACAGUCAAACAUAUUGUUUGUCUCUCAUUGUCAUUUAUUCAUUGCUCAAUUGCCAACUUGUCGACUCAGCGGCUUGUAAAGGAUGUGUUCAGCAACCUUGUAUAUGUACUGGAGAGAAAGGUCUUCCUGGUCUUCAAGGUCUAACUGGUUUACAAGGAUCAGCGGGUCAUCCUGGGGAAAUUGGUCCUGAAGGACCUAUUGGUCCUCGAGGUUUAAAAGGAGAUUUUGGAGAUGCUGGUGCAAUUGGGCCAAGAGGAAUUAGAGGUGAUACUGGUGUUCCAGGAUUCGAAGGUACACCUGGUAUUCCUGGCCUUCCAGGGAGUGAUGGUCCCCCUGGGGAGCAAGGUUUUCCUGGCUGCAAUGGAACUGAUGGUGCUCCUGGACCACCAGGAUUUAUCGGUCGACCUGGAACCAGAGGCAGGCCCGGCUCACUUGGGUUUCAAGGUCCAAAGGGUGAUCCUGGAGACGGUGGAAUAAAUUCAAUUGGAGUGAAGGGAGAACCUGGUGAAGCUGGCUACCCUGGUGUUCCUGGUAUACAAGGUCUAUCAGGAUUUAGUGGGGAAAAGGGAAUACGUGGUGAUCCUGGUGUAACAGGUAUUAAAGGUGAAGUUGGCGAUAGAGGUUUAAAAGGAAUUGAAGGUGAAGGAGUUGCAGGACCGAAAGGAGAAAAAGGUGAAGCAGGUAUGCCAGGAUCUUCUGGUCCUCCUGGAGAGUUAGAAGCUGUUGAACCUGGAGAUGAAGUGGUUUAUCCAUUACCUGGUCAUACUGGACAUCCUGGUGAAAAGGGUGAAAAAGGUGAACAUGGUCAUCGGGGAUUUGAUGGUCGUAUUGGAUUUGAUGGCCAGAAAGGCUUUGCUGGACCUAAGGGAGAAAAAGGUUUGCGAGGUGAUGAUGGUCCUUUGGGCAAAAGAGGCAAAGCUGGUUUUCCUGGUGCAUCAGGAGAAAAAGGACAAAAAGGAGAACCUGGAGAUUUUGGAAUUGAUGGGAGAGAAGGCUAUAAGGGUCCAAAAGGAGAACAUGGUAUUUCAGGAUUUCCUGGUUCUCAAGGUCCACCUGGACCACCAGGGAUAAUAAUUGACACUGGUGAGGUUAUCCCUGGCCCGCGAGGAAAGCAAGGUGUUCCUGGUGAUAGAGGCUCACCAGGGGUUUCAGGUAAACCUGGAUUGAGAGGACCAGUUGGUUAUGCUGGAGGUCCUGGUGAACCUGGACCUCAAGGUGAUCCUGGGGAACCGGGUACUAUUGGUUUGAGUUUUAAAGGAGAGCCAGGAGAAGAUGGUUUUCCUGGUAUACCUGGAUCAAGAGGUCGACCUGGAUAUCCUGGCCUACAGGGUCCUAGUGGAGCAAAAGGCGUUCCAGGAAUUUCAGUCAUUGGCCCUUCUGGUUUAGAUGGUCGGCCUGGGAAGGAUGGUGUGCAUGGCUUACCUGGAGCAAGGGGUGAUCCUGGCCCACCUGGAGAAAAAGGUUAUCCUGGUUAUGGUGUGACGAAACAGGGACCACCUGGUUUACCGGGUUUAUCUGGCCUUCCUGGGGAACCUGGAGAACCAGGAAUUCCUGGAGAAGAUGGGAGAACAGGUCCCAUUGGUCCUACAGGAGAUGACUGUGGCUUUUGUCCUCCUGGAUUACCAGGAUUUAAGGGUGCACCAGGAGAUGAAGGAAGACCAGGUCCACCAGGACCUCCUGGAUACCCUGGAUUUAUUGGAUUAGCCGGAAGAAAAGGAGAGGGUGGUUUACCUGGUAUUCCUGGCCCUAAAGGAUUUGCAGGUAUACCUGGCUCAGAUGGUAGUCAAGGUCGUCCUGGUUACCCUGGUGAUCCUGGAGAACUUAUAUUUCCUGGAGCUGUUAGAGGACCAAAAGGAGAACGAGGGGAUCCCGGAUUUGAGGGUGCUCCUGGAGCACAAGGAAGAGAUGGUUUGCAGGGAUUGAAUGGGUUUCCUGGAUUUCCAGGAAGGAAAGGAGAAGUGGGUGCUUAUGGAGAUCCUGGUCAGCCAGGGCCUAAUGGAAUUCCAGGCUCACCGGGUGCUUCAGGAAUGAAGGGUGAAAGAGGAGAUGAUGAAUAUGGUUUACCUGGUCUUCCAGGAGAAAGGGGAUCAGCAGGUCUUGAAGGACUACCUGGGAUAAGUGGAAUAAAAGGUAACGGUGCUUAUGGAGAUCCUGGUCAGCCAGGGCCUAAUGGAAUUCCAGGCUCACCGGGUGCUUCAGGAAUGAAGGGUGAAAGAGGAGAUGAUGAAUAUGGUUUACCUGGUCUUCCAGGAGAAAGGGGAUCAGCAGGUCUUGAAGGACUACCUGGGAUAAGUGGAAUAAAAGGUGAGAAGGGAGAACCAUAUGCCUACGAUUUUCUGAAGCAGUAUAAAGGAAUACAAGGUCCUGCUGGUCCAUCAGGUGCUCCUGGUAUACCUGGCCGUCCUGGACUUGAAGGCAAGCCUGGUGCACCUGGCCUUGAGGGAUUGCCUGGUAUGCCUGGGAAGAAAGGAGAUUCGGGGUAUCCAGGCUCUUCUCAAAGAGGAGAACCAGGCUUAAAAGGCUACCCUGGAUUGCCUGGCGAUUCUGGUAGAGAGGGCCUUAGAGGAUCUAAAGGAAGACGUGGUGAAGAUGGUUUGUUUGGUCUUCCAGGACCAAAGGGUGAUCAGGGUGAAGUUGGUAUUGAUGGAUAUGAGGGACCAUCAGGAUAUCCAGGAAUAGUUGGAUUGAAAGGAGAAAUUGGAGAAAGUGGAACUAUUGGCAGAGUAGGUUUUCCUGGAGAAUCUGGAAGUGCAGGACUAGAAGGGCAAAAAGGUGAACCAGGAUAUGAUGGUCUUCCAGGAUUUCCUGGUGAAAAAGGAGAACCUGGAGAUGCUGGACCUGGAAAUAAAGGUUAUCCAGGAUUGCCUGGACUUCCAGGAUACCCGGGACCACUUGGAGACAAAGGUGCACCUGGACUUGAUGGAUUGCCAGGAUUACCAGGUAUAAAAGGAAUGAGAGGAGAUGAAGGUGCAGCUGGCUUGAGAGGACCAGAUGGACAAUCAGGACGUCCAGGACAACCUGGAUUCGCUGGCAAAGAUGGUUUACCUGGACUACCUGGUCUCAAAGGAGAAAUGGGUGAUAUGGGAACUCCAGGACGACAAGGUUCAUCAGGCCAAUCAGGUUUACCUGGACCAAUUGGAAGGAAAGGAGAAGUUGGUGAAGUUGGAUUUCCUGGACUUUCAGGAAGACCUGGUUUAGGUGGCCUACCAGGUUUACCCGGGGAUCGUGGUCUUCCAGGAUUUGCGGGGCCUAAAGGAGAACCAUCAUUUUUCAGUGACAAAGGAGAACCAGGAGAUAAUGGCCUUACAGGCUUAACUGGCUCACCUGGUAGACCAGGCUUGCCUGGCCUUCCAGGACCUAAAGGAGUGCAAGGUAAUCCUGGCCGUGCUUUAAAUUCUGAUCAAGGACUUCAAGGUUUCCCAGGACCUAAAGGCUAUCCUGGGCCUGCUGGUUUACCUGGUCUUAAAGGUGGAAUGGGUGAUAUGGGUUUUCCAGGAUCUGAUGGAGUGAAAGGAGAUCCAGGAUUACCUGGCCUUCCUGGACAACCUGGACUUGAUGGAAUUCCUGGUAUUCCAGGUAGGAAAGGUGAAAUAGGAUAUUCUGGUCUACCUGGCUUGCAAGGAUUGAAAGGUGAGACUGGGCUUGAAGGUCUUGUUGGUUUUCCUGGUCCCAAGGGUGAAAGAGGUCUUUCUGGUUUUCCUGGACCUGAUGGAUUUCCAGGAAUCAAAGGAGAAAGAGGAGAUAUUGGUCCUAAAGGUUUAGCCUCAAGAACUGAGAGUAAAGGAUUAUCAGGUGAGCCAGGUCUACCGGGAAUAAAUGGUUUGCCUGGAAUCAGAGGAGAAGAUGGAUUUCCAGGUAUUCCUGGUUUAAAAGGAGAGCGUGGUGAGCCUGGUUUUGAUGGAAGACCUGGAAGUCCUGGCAGUCCUGGCCCUAAAGGGUAUGAGGGUAUUCCUGGAUUACCUGGUGAUGAAGGUAUACCUGGCUUUGGAGAGGAAAAGGGUUUGCCAGGAGAUGAAGGAUUGGCUGGACUGCCAGGAUUUCCUGGAUUAUCAGGUAGGAAAGGUGAAGCUGGAGAGCCUGGUUUACCAGGAUUUCCAGGCAUAAAAGGCUAUCCAGGAUUUGGAACUCCAGGAAUUAAGGGAGAAAGAGGCAGCCCUGGCCCAAUCGGUCCACCAGGUUUACCUGGAAUGUUAGGGCUUCCAGGUCAACGAGGUGAUGAAGGUCUUCCUGGAUUACCUGGCAUUCCUGGAGAUCGAGGAUUACCAGGAAUAGCCUCACCUGGAGAAAGAGGUCCUGUUGGUUUGCCAGGUUUGGAUGGUUUUCCUGGAAAUGUUGGGCCCAAAGGAGAAAGAGGAUUACCUGGCUUAUCUGGAUAUCCUGGCUCAAAAGGACUGCAAGGGGAUCCUGGAUUACCUGGUUUGAGUGGACGUAGAGGACAGCCAGGUUUCCCAGGAUUAAAAGGUAUUCCUGGUGAUGCAUAUGCUCCUGAAAAGAUAACACAAAUAUUUGGAGACAGGGGUGAUCCAGGAAGACCUGGUUUGCCUGGAUUUCCUGGAGAAAGAGGUCCGAUGGGUGAUCCUGGUAUUGAUGGUCUUCAAGGACUCCCAGGAAAUCCUGGACUACCUGGUUUUGAUGGACUUGCAGGUUUUCCUGGCAACAAAGGAAUGUCUGGAGAACCUGGAUUUAAUGGGUUGGAAGGCCUAGCAGGAGUAAGUGGAGCAACAGGUGAUGCAGGACUCCCUGGAUUACCAGGCAAAGCAGCAGCCUCUCGUGGUUACUUUUUCACUAGGCAUAGUCAAACUAGUGAUAUUCCAGAGUGUCCAUUCAAUGCUCCACCAAUGUGGACAGGAUAUUCUCUUUUGUACCUGCAGGGCAAUGAACGAGCACAUGGUCAAGAUUUAGGAACACCUGGAAGUUGUCUACAACGUUUCAGCACAAUGCCUUUCAUGUUCUGCAAUUUGAAUAAUGUUUGCAAUGCAGCUUCAAGAAAUGAUUUCAGCUAUUGGCUGAGCACAGCUGAACCAAUGACAAUGUCCAUGACUCCUAUAGUUGGGCAAGAAAUUCGAAAAUAUAUCAGCCGUUGUUCUGUUUGUGAAACACCUACCCAGGUCAUUGCUGUACACAGUCAAACAAUGGACGUGCCGGAAUGUCCUGGUGGAUGGGAUGGAUUAUGGAUUGGUUACAGCUUCCUAAUGAAUACUGAUUCUGGAGGCGAAGGUAUUGGCCAACCUCUGGCAUCACCUGGCUCAUGCCUUGAAGAUUUCAGACCUUUGCCCUUCAUUGAGUGCCAAGGUCAUGGGAGAUGUAAUUACUAUACAACUGCCCAAAGCUUCUGGUUGGCUACACUUGAUGGAAUGAGGACUUACGAACAGCCCCGUCCAGAAACUUUGAAAGCAGGAGAUUUACGAAGAAAAAUUUCUCGGUGCCAAGUGUGCAUGAGGCGGCAUACACCUGCCAUUAACUUAGGAGGAAGAACAGCUUAGUGAAGUGAAAAAUGUGAUGUUUUAGUUUUCCAAAUGUUUGUUUUCUCUUAUUGUAUUCAUAUGUGAACUCAGCUGAAAUAAUGGUGCUAAAAAUGCCUUGAAUAGUUUUGAUUUUAUAAACUGAAGUGUUUGUUGUCCCACAGCUUGUAUAUAUCAACUAAGAAUCUCACCCUGCUCAAUCUUGGAAUCUGAUUUUACACAAGAUCUGUUUACUAUACAAUAUUGAAAUUCUAUAUUUUGUGAGAAGUUAUUACCACAUUUUUAAAGUAUUCUUUUUGUGUUGUUAAAGCUGAUUACAAAGCAUUUAUUUUUGUAUUUACUGACUAUGUGCCAAAGUAGUCUUGAUGUGUUAUUAUAUUUAUUAACAUAAUUCUACUUAAUUUACUCUGCUUUUAGAUAUACAGACAAUUUGAUGCUGGCUGGCUGUAAUUGCCUUUAGCCUUAAUAAUGUAAAGUGUGUAAAAAGACUUUGAAAUUAUGCAAUAAACACUGCCACACUGUGUGUAUCUUUCAUAUAAA